CGGGAUUCAUCCUGCUGGACGCCGAGACCUUCGAGGUGAAGGGCACCUGGGAAAAGGGCGAGAAAACCCCGCCCAUGGGCUACGAUUUCUGGUACCAACCCCGGCACAACGUCCUCAUCAGCACCGAAUUCAUCCUGCUGGACGCCGAGACCUUCGAGGUGAAGGGCACCUGGGAAAAGGGCGAGAAAACCCCGCCCAUGGGCUACGAUUUCUGGUACCAACCCCGGCACAACGUCCUCAUCAGCACCGAGUGGGGCAUCCCCAAAAUCCUGGGAUACGGAUUCGACCCCAGCGACCUCGGGAAAGGGCGCUACGGGCGCCGUCUGAACGUGUGGGACUGGAGCAGCCACCGUUACAUUCAGGCUCUGGACGUGGGCGAGGAUUCGGCCCCGCUGGAAAUUCGAUUCCUGCACGACCCCGACGCCGCCCAGGGCUUCGUGGGCUGCACCCUGAGCAGCGCCGUGCACCGCUUCUACAAAACACAGAGCGGCGCGUGGGCGGCCGAGAAGGUGAUUCAGGUGCCCAACAAGAAAGUUCGGGGUUGGCUCCUCCCAGAAAUGCCAGGUGGGCAAAUUCCCGGGAAUUCUCACGGAUCCGGAUCCAGGAGAGGUCGGAAAACUCCGAACCGCCUGGAAAAAAAAAACCAACAUUUUUUGCAUUUUUUGAAGGUUUUCGUGGGUGGCAGCAUCGUCAAAGGGGGUCCGGUGACGGUGUGCGAGGAUGAGGAGCUGCAGGAACAACCGGAGCCCUUCGUCAUCCAGGGAAAGAAGRUUCCCGGGGGUCCUCAGAUGCUGCAGCUGAGCCUGGACGGGAGGAGGCUCUAC